AUGACCGUCGUACUUCCAGGAGACGUCAUCUCGAUCCCAUCCAGCUCGGCGAUCAAGCUGGGACCCGGUUUGCUGCCCACGCCGGGCGUACCGUCGUCCUUGACAGCCAUUCGACCGGGAGCACUGGGUCAGAUUGGCUCCUCUUCCUCCUCCUCAGCAUCCAAAGGCAAAGAUGCACAAACAGCAUUCUGGGUCGAAACGAACACUCUUCGCUACGUGCCGGCACCGGGCGACUCAGUCAUCGGCCAGAUCACCAACCGCGGCGCGGAAUCAUACACCGUCACCCUCUUCUCCGCGCAUUCUGCCACACUACCAGCACUCAGCUUCGAGGGCGCGACCAAAAGGCACAAGCCCAACCUGCGCAUCGGCUCGCUUGUGUAUGCACGCAACGUCAGUGCGGACCGCUUCACCGAGCCCGAAUUGACGUGUGUCAAUCCGGUCACCGGCAAGAGCGACGGCUUUGGCGAUUUGAAAACGACCGAUGAGCGCGGGGAGAAAAUGGGACAUGCGAUGCUGUUUACUGUGUCGAUCGGGCUAGCCCGAAGUCUACUACGCCCAACGCACGGGCUGCUCAAACAGGUAGCGACGCAUUUCCCCUUCGAGGCAGCGGUGGGCGCCAACGGCACCGUGUGGGUACGCGCCAACGAGCCCAGACACGUCAUUGCGGUAGGCAAGGUGCUCGAAGCCGCCGAUCUGCCCUCGACGCACCACGAGUCUGCGGCAGCGGCGGACCAAGAGCAGCUGGACGAAGACGCACAGACGGACGCCGAGUACGUGGUCAAGCAUAGGGCUGCAUCCUUGGAUGUCAAGAAGAUCAGGUCGUUGGUCGCUGACUUUUUGUAG